CGAGUUGGUUGUCGACUCGUCCGAGUUGAGAGGCAAAUGACUUUUAUAAGGGGAAUUGGCACGCUGUGUUACACAUGAAAAAAAAAAAAAGAAGCACUUUGUUCCAUACUCAAUUGAUGAUGGCUGCUUCUUUUCCAUCAGACCCAAGUUGGAAUUACGAUGUAUUCUUGAGUUUCAGAGGUGAAGACGUCCGCAAAAAUUUUCUGGGUCAUCUCGAUUCUGCUUUAAAAAAGGGAGGAUUCAGGACUUAUAAAGAUGACAACGGUCUCACAAGGGGUAGCGACAUUGCACCCAGCUUGGCUGAGGCGAUCGAGCACUCUAGGAUUGCAGUUGUCGUGUUCUCCACAAAUUAUGCUGGUUCUGGAUGGUGCCUGGACGAGCUAGUCAAGAUCAUCGAUUGCAGGGACAAGUUGGGGCAGAUGGUUCUACCCGUUUUCUUCCAUGUGGAUCCAUCAGACGUACGCAACCAGAGGGGGAGCUUUGGCGAAGCUUUUGCGCGUCACCAGAAGGUUACCGUAGAUAAAGUAGAGAGGUGGAAGACUGCCCUUACCAGUGCUGCGAAUCUUGCCGGCUUUGAUCUUCAAAGUGUCAAUGGGGAUGAGACCGAGUUGAUCGAGAAGAUUACUGUAGAUGUUUGGGAAAAAGUGCAUCACACAUACCUUAGUGAUGUGGACGGCCUUUUUGGAAUUGACUCUCCAGUAGAGGAAAUAAUAUCACUCUUGAGACUUGGCUCCAAAGAUGUACGGAUCAUAGGAAUUUAUGGAAUGCCUGGAAUAGGAAAAACAACAGUUGCCAAGGAAAUUAGGAAUAGAAUCUCUAAGGAAUUUGAUGGUAACAGUUUGCUAAUGCUUGAAGAUGUCCAGCUAGGAUCAGGACAUGGUGGACUGGUUGAGUUGCAAAAGAGACUUCUAUAUGAUAUCUUAGGAGUCCGAGACUUGCACCUACGAGAUGUUGAUGAUGGAAUUGAAAAGAUUAGAGGCCGAUUGAAGCACAAAAAGGCUCUGAUCAUCCUAGAUAAUGUUGACCAUUUGGACCAACUAGCAGCUCUUGCUAAAGAGAGAAGUUGGUUUGGCAUUGGCAGUAGAAUCAUAGUAACAUGUAGAGAUGAACAUUUGAUAAAUGCUCGUGGUUAUAGAGUGGAUGCCAAGUAUGAGGUCCCAAGUUUACACUUUUAUUAUGCUGAGAAACUCUUUUCUUGGCAUGCCUUUAGAGAACUUUCUCCACUGGAUGAUUAUGCCAACAUUUCUUAUGAGAUAGUGAGAUACGCUGGAGGACAUCCAUUAUCUCUUAAAGUUCUGGGUUCUUUCCUAUCCGAUAAAACUCUUCUUGAGUGGACUAGUGCAUUGGAGGAACUCAAAAGUAUCCCCUAUGGGGAGGUUUUUGAAAGACUUAAAAUAUGUUUUGAUUCAUUGGAUGACCAUCAGAAGGCCAUUUUUCUCGACAUUGCAUUCUUCUUUAUAGGGGUGGAUGAAGACAAUGCAAUUCACAUACUAGACGGUUGUGGUUUCCAUACAAAAAUCCAUCUACGUCGUCUUAUCCAAAAAUGCCUCUUAACAAUAAGAGAAAAGAAGCUGAGAAUGCAUGAUCUGCUUCAAGAGAUGGCAAGAGAAAUUGUUCAUAGAGAAAAUCCUGGUGAACCUGGGGAGCGCAGUAGACUGUCCUUUUAUAAGGAUGUUUGUAAGGUUCUGAAAUACCAUGAGGGUACAGACAAAGUCAUAGGCCUUAAGGGGUUCUUCCCUAGAUUAAGGGAGAAGUCAUUUAGUACUGGAGCACUUGCAGGUAUGAAGAAAGUAAGAGUUCUCCAACUUAGAAAUGCUGACAUUGUUGGAGGCUGGGAACAAUUUUCUAAAGAAUUAAGGUGGUUGUCUUGGGAUAGAUGUCCUUGGUUAUCUAUACCAUCUAGUUUAAAACUCAAAAAAUUGGUUGUACUGAGGUUGUGCUACAGCAAACUCCAAUAUAUUUGGGAGCAAUCAAAGGUUCUUAAAAAUCUAAAAGUCCUUGAUCUCAGUCAUUCGCAUGACUUAAUCAGAACCUCUGACAUCUCAGGUCUUUUAAACAUUGAGAAAUUAAUCUUCAGAGGCUGCAUUAAUUUGAUUGAGGUGCAUCAGUCCAUUGGCAAUCUUGGCAAACUCAUUUACUUGGACUUGGAAAACUGCCAGAACCUUGUUCAUCUUCCCUCAGAGAUUUGCGAGUUAAGGCUCCUUGAGAAUCUUGACUUGUAUCACUGCUCAAAACUAGAGGAGUUGCCAGAGGAUUUUGGAAACAUGGAAAGUUUGAAAGAGCUCAAUAUAGGCUGUACUGCCAUCAAGAACCUUCCGGUGUCCAUCCACCAUCUUAAGAAUCUUACAAAUUUCUUUUGGAACAAUGAGAGAUCUUUGCUUGAAAGUCCAGGUAUCUACGAUUUGUCUCCACUAUGGAGUCUGACUUCUUUAAGAGAAUUGAAUCUGUCGUUCUGCAAACUAUCAGAUAAUUCAUUUCCCAGAGAUCUCAGUGGCUUACAAAAUUUGGAGACGUUGCUUCUAAGAGGAAACACUUUUCAUCACUUACCAAUUUUUCUAUCAAAUUUCCCAAACUUAAAAAAGCUUGAUGUUUCUAGCUGUGAUCUAUCGGGCACAUCAGGUCGCUUGGUUGUUGCAAGCCCCUUUUUGCAGGAAUUGAAUUUAAGCAGAAACAACUUCUGCAGCCUAGAUCUUACUUCCCUUCCUCUUGAAACCAAGGUUUUCCUAGUGCUGUGCAAGAAGCUCAAAGCAGUAGAAUCUGAUUUACACUCGAUAUUGAUCACAUACCAUUGCAAAUCUUUGGAGAAAGUAACACUCAAAGAAAGGUUCAGUGAGAAAAUUAUCACAUCGAUCUUUUAUGGGCUUGAUGUAUUAAGUACGAUUCAUUACUGCUCCUAUAUGGAACCUUUAACUAGUGAGCAACUUGCUAAGUUAGAGCACUUGUUUGGACUGAAGGGUUUGCUAAAGAAGCGGUUGCAUCUUUUCAAAGACUUCAUACUUACUCAGAGUAAAGAUUGUCCCAUUCAGGGUUUUUCUGAUUCUAUGGAGCCGAUUUAUAACAUCUUUCUUCCCAAAGAAACAAUGCUCUAUGGGUUUAAUCUUCAGGAGAAUGUUGCAUGUACAAUUGUAGAUGUGCCUCAAGUUUCAAGUGGAAGUUUCCAAGGACUUGCAGUAUGUGUUUUUUUUCAUUUUGGACAGAUUUAUUCUUUUAAAUUUGUUAUAACAAUAGAGGAUGAGGAUUUUUCUCGUCGCUGCUACCUUCCCCGGCCCUUUGAGUACGUUCAUAAAGGUGAAGUCAUAUGGGUCAGCUGCUGGAGAACACCAAGUUUGGUGAAUGAAUGCAAGAGAUUCAGUAUUAAAGUAGAAACUAACGGAUCCCAUUUGCCGAUUGUGAAAAGGAUCGGUUUCCGCCUCUUAUCUGAAAAGGAGCUAGACCUAGUCGCAGAUGUCUGGGGAAAAUCCGCCCGGAUAUAUGGAGGCCACUACUGGUUGUGUGUUUUUGAACAGAUUCACGGGGGGCGGGUGGGAAGGGGACGAGUCAAGAAUACGACGUCGUGUCACUUUGACUGAGUUAUAAAGAUAGAAGGCCAAGUCAUCGUCACCCUCUCUCCUAAUUGGGCUUAUCCCAACCUACUCGAGUUUGAAUAGGUAAGAGCAUCAAAUAAAGAGAUUUCAAAUCAUUUAAGCUGGAGUUUGUUUUGUUUAUUGUACAAGGCUUAUGAUUUGAAGGAAAACAUUAGGAAACGUUUAAAAGUGAGAAAGGGGUAUGAUCGAAAAUCAUCAAAGCAUUCGUUUUUAUGUUUUUUAUUUUUUUGGUGGGCGCCUAACUUACUAUUU